CACUUUUUUUUUUUUUAGAAGUACCGACAUCCAGUAUUAAUAAGUAAUUAAGUAUGACAUUUUUCUGUCUAAAUUAUUUUUCAGGCAAAUAAAAAUUUCCCUCCUUUAAUAAUGGUUUAAGACGAAAAAUGUUCACCUAGUAGUAGAGGAUGUUCAGUCCUAUUAGAGGGGAAAAAACAAAAUGUACAGUGCACGUGAAUUUUGCAAGCUACAGCAUCUUUGUGCAGAAAAGGAAAGAAACGUUUAUGAUCUCAGCUUCAGGCCUUCAACCCUGCAUCAUUUCCAAUGGCGGCAAAGCAGCCAUUGAUAAUAUCCGAUAAGAAUCAGAUGAGGAAAUGGUCGAGCACGAUGAAAUCCCAAGGCAAAACAAUAGGCUUGGUGCCCACCAUGGGCUUCCUUCACGAAGGCCACAUUUCUCUCGUCAGGGAAGUUCACCGUCACGCCGACGUGGUCGCCGUCUCAAUCUACGUAAACCCAGGUCAGUUUUCCCCAUCCGAAGACCUAUCUACUUAUCCAUCUGAUUUUGAUGGCGAUGUGCGAAAGCUGAUGGCUGUUCCUGGUGGUGUUGAUGUUGUAUUCCACCCCCAUAAUCUCUACAACUAUGGGGGAACUGACACCAACAAGAAAUCUGCAAGUGUGAUUAAUAAUGUUGCGGUUUUGUCUUGCAUUGAGCAAAAGGGUAUAGGGCACGAGACUUGGGUCAGGGUUGAGAAUUUGGAAAAGGGUCUUUGUGGAAAGAGCAGGCCUAUUUUUUUCAGAGGAGUUGCUACAGUCGUCACCAAGUUGUUUAAUAUAGUGGAGCCUGAUGUUGCUGUGUUUGGAAAAAAAGAUUAUCAGCAGUGGCGAAUAAUUCAGAGAAUGGUUAGGGAUCUUGAUUUUUCCAUAGAAGUGAUAGGUUCUGCAAUAAUACGUGACAGUGAUGGCCUGGCCAUGAGUUCCCGCAAUGUGCGUCUUUCACCUGAAGAGAGGGAGAAGGCACUAUCUAUAAACAAAUCAUUACUAGGAGCUAAAUCAGCUGCAGCAAAUGGCCAAAUGGAUUGUAAUAAGCUGAGAAACUUGGUCAUCCAAGCCAUAACUGAAGCUGGAGGAAGGAUUGACUAUGCCGAGAUUGUAGAUCAACAGAGUUUGGAGGCCGUGGAAUCGAUUGAGGCUCCUGUUGUCUUCUGCGUUGCUGCAUGGUUUGGGAAAGUCAGGCUUAUAGACAAUAUGGAAAUCGACUUGUAAUUCGCUUGUUCAAACCCCAGCGUUUUCUGCUUUUCGUCCGUCCUUGGAUUUUAGAAUUAUGACAUGCAGAUGUACAUUUUGUAAGGAGUCGAUAAUGUCAUGAACUCAUGGUGAAUUAUAAAAAACUAAAAAACAUUCACAUGUUUCGUGAACCCCUGAGAAA